AUGAGCUGUUGCAAGACAAUCGGCACAUUGAGUAAGAUAGGAGAUAGCAUGUCCGGCCCACUAGCUUUACCGGAACGUAGAUGUUUCAGUAGAUUGUUUACAGUUGCACUGGCGGCAGGACGCAGUGUUUUAGCAGAACCCAGAACUUGGGCACAGAAGGACUCUGGAGCUGUUGAAUUAUUACACUCGCAGAACUCCCGAUUCCAUUUAUCUACGUCUACAUCAAAGUACGGCGAACGUCAAGUAAGUACGCUAAGUGUUUGCAGCAUCCUCCAGAGUUCACGACAACUGCCUUCCCAAAGAACUGACUGGAUAUACGCUUUGAUAAAAUGGUGUGGCUGUUUCUUGCUACAACCU